AUUUGAACACGCGAAGGGAAGCAAGCAAUCUUACCAUUGAAGAUCUUUCGAAGAAUUUUUGUCGAAUCAGGAGAUUGAUCUGAUCUAUUCUGUUUACCUGCGAAAGAAUCGAUCAGCAUCGGAGCUCUCGAGGUGUUCGAUGAAUUGUCUGCUCCAGGAUUAUGGCGUCUGCUUCACAACUUUCCUGUCUUAAUCUUCCAGGAGCUUAGAACAAUUUAUAAACUGAAUGAUGAAAGGUCUGGCAAUUGUAGUAUUCAUCGGAGCUUUAUGUACCAUACCUUCUGCUGUUCAUGGAGUUUCAGUGGCCUGUAUGAUGGCAUAUGAAGAAGGUGGAGCUCGUGCUGUUUUCACCUCACUGGAGUGUCCUCAUUCGAUUUUCGACGCCAAUUCCUUAAAAAACUCGACGCGCAACUGCCAGUUCGCAACGCAUAAAGGCCGUAGAGAGUAUCAAGAAGAUCGCAUUGCCUGCAAUCUGGAGUUGAAAUUGCCACUUUGUGUUGAAGAUGGGACAAGGGAGAUUACUGUUGGCAUUGCCGCAAUAUUUGAUGGCCAUGGAGGCGACGAAGCCAGCGAGCUAGCAUCGACAAAGCUUCUUGAUUAUUAUUUCAUACAUGCUGUGCUGACAGCAUACAAACACGUGCUUAUGAGCGCGAAAACGAAUCAUGUUUUGCGUACAGUCGAAAGUUCUCAGAUCACGGCACCUACAAUCGAUCGCGAUUCGCUUCAUAAGAUAUUAGAAAAAGCAUUGUUGAGGACAAUCAAUGACAUAGAUACUGAGUUUUCAAAUGAAGCUCUGGAAAACGGUUGCAUCACCGGGUCUACUGGCACUGUUCUUCUUUUUACCGAUACUCAGUUUCUUGUUGCCAAUGUUGGUGAUUCAAAGGCACUUCUCUGCUCUCAGAAUGUUCUCGAUCGCCCUGAAGUUCUUCGACACAACUUCAUGCCGAGGAGCUGACAAGAGAUCAUCAUCCCGAUAGAGAGGAUGAGAAGGCCAGAAUCGAAGCAGCGGGUGGCUUUGUUAGCGAUUGGGACGUGCCUCGAACCAACGGUGUCUUGGCCGUCUCCAGAGCUAUAGGCGACGUUUACC